CCUUGUAAAAAGAUGGUGGCCAACUUGUCGCAGCAAAGUUUGCGGCUUUGAUAACAAAAUUUUCUAAAAUCUAGAUUAGGUACACAUGAUUUCAAUGAUUUAAAACAAUUCUAUCAAGUUAACAUGGAUGCUUUCAAAGAUCUGAGAGAAUUCUCCCCACCUGCAGAGGAUAUAGAUAAGGCAGCAGAGGAGGAGGAGGAGGAUGAAGACAAUUCUGAGGAGGAUAGCGAAGAUGAGGAUGAUGACGAUGAUGAUGAUGAAGAAGGUGAUGAAGAUGGGGAUGAUGAUGAGGAGGAAGAAGAAUUAGGAGAAGAUGAAGAAUGGGAGACUGAUGAAGAUGAAAAUGAAGACAGUCAGGAUGUUACCUUGGUUACCAGUGAUGAUGAUGGGGAAGGAGAAAACUGUCCUAUUUGUCUGAACAAGUUCCGUGACCAGGAUAUUGGUACACCUGAAUCAUGUGACCAUUGUUUUUGCUUAGAGUGUAUACAGGAAUGGGCAAAUAACGUUAAUACAUGUCCAGUGGAUAGACAGGUUUUCCAUUUGAUUUUAGCCAAACAUGCAUAUGGAGAUAAAGUCUAUGAGAAGAUUCCAGUAAAAGAUAAGAAGAUUGAUGAUGAGGAAGAUGAAGACCCUACAUAUUGUGAGAUUUGUGGUCGAUGUGAUAGAGAAGACCGUCUGCUGCUCUGUGAUGGUUGUGAUCAAGGGUACCAUUGUGAAUGUCUAAACCCUUCCCUUCAAGAAAUACCAGUAGAAGAAUGGUUUUGUCCAGACUGUACUCAAACUGAAACAGAAGCAAUAACUGUAAAUGAUGAUGAAGAAAUAGCAGAGCUGAUUUCUGAAAAUACAGAUAAUCUUCCACCUCUGCGUCCUCAAAGAAGACAGAUUGCAAGAACCAGAGCUUCAGAAAGAGUACGGGAGCAGAUAAUUGAAAUCAGAUUACAGAGAGCUGAUCGUACUGCAAGAUCAUCAAGACAGAGGGCUAUUAUAUCGUCAGAUGAGGAGGAGGACACUGACAGAAUGGAAGAGAGUAGUAGUCAGGCUACUGCUAGUGCAUCUGUACCUAGAAAAUCACCAGUCAAAAGGAAGAAAAAAGUGGUCAGAAAAAAGGCAAAAACAACCAAAGUGAAGAAAAAGACUACAAAAAGAAAAGGAAAGAAGAGAAGAAAAAGAAGGAAAACCACUAAAAAGACAAGUAAAAGGAAACAGAUUAUUAAGAAACUAGUGGGUAAAAUGGUGAAUAGGGAAGUCAGGAAAGAAGUUAUACCUACUACAUCAUUCAAAUCAAGAAUUGCUAAAAAUUUAGGGCUUUCAAAACCACCAACUGGUACUACAAUUCCAUUACAGAAGGCACCAGGAGAAAGGACUGUAGAUUUGAUGAAAAGCAAUGUUGGCAUUUCAGCAUUAUCUAUCAUGGGUGAUCGAAAUGAAUUAAUUGGAUUCACUGAUGAACCUGAUGUCCAUCCAAGUACAUCUGCAGCAAAACCUACCAAAAAGUCCAGAUAUUCUACUUUAUCAUUGUUUUCACACAAACCAGUUGGGAAACCAGUCAUUAAGAUAGACCAUACACCCAGUACUAGCUCAGGAGCUACAGGCUUUGAUGUUUUAGGCAGUAUCAUGGAUAACCAAGCCAUGCUGAGGAAAGACAGCAAAGAUGUUACUAUUAAUAGGGAUGGAUCAUUAACUAAAAAGAAAGAAGUGGAAAAGAAACCAACAAGGAGACCAUCAGGUCCUCUGAUAUCGCCCAAAUCUAAAAUAGCGUUAUAUGAUGAUUUACCUCCCUUGGAAGAUUCAGCUCCACAAGCUACUGACAAGGUUUCUCCUGAUAAAGGUACACAGACUGGGAGUAGCCACAUCAGUGAUGAAUCUUUAACUCAGCUGAAAUAUUUAGAUAGAAAAAUAGAUACUAAUGUGAUAAAGGAAAAGUUAUAUGAGGACCUACCAGAAAGUAUUUUUAGUGAUUCGCUGUCUAAGAAAGUAAAUAAUGAAAAAACCAAAGUUGAUCCGAUUAAUGAAAAUAAGAAAGGUGAUGCAAAUAAUGAAAUUAAGAAAACUAAUACAAAGGAUGGAAAUUCAGAUGAUUAUGCUAAAUUGCAAAAGGAAAAUAGUGAGUCAAAUAAAUGUGGAAAUAGUGAUAAAACUUCUAAAAAUAUGGAAAUAAUAAGCAACAAAGAAAAGAGCAAAGAGAAAGUGAAACGACUUAGUGUUGAUGCAAAAAAUAAAGUCAAAGUAUCUGUAAAUAAGGAUAAAAAUGACAAAGUUGCUGAAAGUGUAUCGUCUAAAAAAAGUUGUGAAAAUAUCUCACAAUUGGAUGAUAUUUCUGAUGAAAGUAAUGGUUUUCAUGAGGAUCUUGAGGAGAAAGAACUUGAGGAAAAACUGCAAAUAGCUCAAGCAAAAUUGAAAAAGUUAGAAAGUAAAGGCAAGAAAUCAAGUAAGAAAGAUUCCAAUAAAGACAAUAGAAAAGAAAUACUAAAGGAAAGUACAAAAGAAAAAAACAAGCCUCUUGCAUUUUCUUUAGGCUCCUUUCUAAAUGAAGGAAAUCUUGAGUUGGAAAAUGUGGAAAAAUCAGAAAGAGAUUCACAUAAACAUGAUAAGGAGAGAAAGGAUAAGAAGACAAAAGAAACCUUUGAAAAGAGUGAAAAGAAAGUGAAAAAACACAAAGAAAGUGCUAUUGAGAAACAAAAAGUCAAAAAAUCUAAAACAUCAAAAGAACAAAUUGAAGAAGAUGUCAUUAUUGCAACUCCACCUCGUCAGGAAGUAGAAGUAAUAGAAAUUCCUGAUGAUGAUGAUGAAACUGAAUAUGUUCAAAAUUUAGAUAAAAAAAUUAUCAAGUCCUAUUCUGGAUCUGACUAUCAGAAACCUAGAUCUAGACAAACUUUAGAUCUCAAAAGUGUUGUAAAGAGGGAAAAAUCCGAUCGAGAUGCAAGUGAAAAAGAAAAUCGUAAAAGACGUGAAAGUGAUAAAGACCAUGAACGUGACAGAAGUAAGGAAAGAAAGAAGAGAAAAUAUAAAUCGCGUAGUAGAUCACGUGACCGUAGACAUAGAUCAAGAUCUCACGAAAGAUCACGUAGAUCUCGUUCAAGGGACAAAUAUAGAAAAAGUCAUAAAAGUAGAUCAAGAUCAAGAGAAAAAAGCCGUAGAUCUAGAGAUCGGUGGUCUAGAGAAAAAGACAGAUCAAGGGAAAGGGAUAGAUCCAGGGAACGAGAUCGUUCCAGAGAUAGAGAUAGAUCAAGAGAAAGAGAUCGGUCUAGAGAAAAGUCUAGAAAGCAUAAACGGAGGGACAGAAGUAGAGAUAGAAGUCUUAGUAGAGAAAGGACAAAAAUCAAAAGCAGAGAAAAAAGUAGAGAUGGCAGUCGAGACAGAGAUUAUAACAGGUGGCGGGAAGUCAGUCCAGAAGUGUCAUUAAAUAUUGCGACUAUUGACUCUGGUAGGUUAGAUACAGGAAGGCUUAUUGAUUUGUUUGAUGAUAAGUGGAAGAAACGUGAAGAUUUAAAGCAGGCUAAAAAGAAAAAGAAAAGUCGUGAAUCUCCCGUCAAAAAUGUACUGCAAUCUCCAUUGAAACGACCACUUGAAGAUAAAGAGGAAGACAAAAUAGAAUUGCUAAUGAAAAAAGCAAAACAUCCAGUUGAAAAAAAGGAAACUGAGGUUGUAGAAGCAAUUCAACCAAUUUCUAAAAUCAUUGACAUUUUUACAGAAAAGAAUGAGUUUGAUAUGUUUGCAGACGAUAAUUCUGAUAUGGACACAGAAAUUCCUGAACCAGCACAAGAAUCUGUGAUUGUAAUUAACACUGUUGACAGUUUUCAUAAACAUCGUCCAAAUCUUGUUCCAUUACCUUCUGUACAAGAUGAUGACAAAACAAAUAUUCAUGAAAUAAAUAUUGAAAAAGACAAAAAUUCUGAAAAUGACAAUUCAAAUAAUUGUAUACCUGUGAUAAACAAUACAGUUGAAAAGACUAGUAAUAGUCCUGAAUAUGAUCCAGCAUUUCCCACAGAUGAUAUGGAAGAGUCUCCGUCACCUUUGCAAGAUGAAAGAAGUCCACCAGGAACUCCCGUGGAAUAUACUGAUUUAAAUAAUCAAUCAAUGCAAGGAAAUCCUCAGAUAAUUAUUGGUGAACCACCACUUUCAGUGCCGAUUGAUGAAAACUUCCCAGGGCUUAGCUUGUCACCUCUUCCUCAGCUUCCACCUCAGCUAGGCAAAGGAAUUCUUGGGGAAGGAGGACAAUUUAUUCUUCAGAGAGGUGAGGCACCAAUUGUGCAGCCUGAUGUUCCAGUUGGAAUUAGAAUAUUACAAGGAUUACGACCUGGAAUGUCACCCCAGCGAGCUAUGUUGAUGAAUCCAUUAAUAAUGAACAGACCACCUCAUAUGCAGCCACGAUUUCGUUUGCCUCCUGGGCAUUUGCCUCCUUUUGUAACAACUCAGGAUGGUGUGACAUUACCAGUACAAGGACAUUUUCAACCUAGAAUGGCACAUUGUUCGCUGCCACCUCAGCCUGGUUUGAUUAACGGUAAUUUUGAAGGCAUUCAUACGGACACUUCACAACCACCUCCUCCGUUUCAGCUGCUGCAGGGAUCACCUCAUUUAGCUGGAGAUCCUCGUUUACAGCUGCCACCACAUGUGCUUGCUCAGGGUCCUCCACCUGGUCAUGCUGGUGCCCCAUUGCAGAUUCAUCCUGGAAUGGAACCAAGAGUUUCUGUACCAAGUCCUCUAGAUCUUGUAUCAAUUUCUGGUCCACUAGAUGGACCUCAUAUGACAUUAUCAGGACCACCAAUCUCAUUAAGUGGACCACUGCCUCAUUUGGCUUUAUCCAGUCAUCCGAUGUCUGUUCCUAAUUCUCAGAUUGGAAUACCUAGUCCGGAGUUAGCAUUAGGAAAUCCAUUGACUAAAUUGCCAGCACUGUUAACAAGAAUUCAGGUACCUCUGUCAAAUCCACAGGUCACAAUGGCUAGUCCAGUCAGUGAUCCAGAACCUGUUUAUACUCCGCCAACACCAACCAAUGAUGACACACCCUUCAUGAACUUAGCAGUAGAAGCAUCAACACUUGCUAAAAUAUCUCGAUCUCAGUCGCCACAGUUGUCAUCAAGUGUAGCUCUCUCAAGAAAUAAACCUUUAAUUUCUAUAGCAAACUUAAAAACUUCACUUAAUAAUAAAAUUAUUCAAAAUCUGAAUCCAUUGACUUCAACCAAUGCUUCAAAAUCACCUAUAGAUGAAUAUCCAUCCCCUGAUGAAAAUGAAGGGGAUGACAUUAUUAAAAAUAGUGAUGAAGAUUCAGAGAAAACGCAACCAACUGCUGCUGAGCAGUUGAAUCAGCUAACGAAACUUCUCAAUGCACAAGCUCAACUGGCACAGUUAGUGAAUAAAAACAAGCAGACUUCUGUGAAAUCGUCACACAAUAGUGCUAAAGGUAAAUCGAAAGAUCAUCCAUUCAAAGUCCCUUUGCCGCCAAGAAUUAAAACGAGCAAUGGAAAAAUUGUUAAAGAGGCAGAAUCUACUGAUGUGGUUGAUAUGGACGUUGCAUCUCCUCUGGAUGAAAGUAGUAUCGAAAUUCCUGAUUCUCCUGAUAACUUUGAUAAAGUUGUUUUCGGUUCAAAACAGAAAGAAAAUAAAAAACGAAGAGAUAAACAUGACAAGAAAGAAAAACGUAAAGACAAAAAGGUGAGAGAUUCGUCAUCGAGUGUGAAAUUUAAUGAUGCUAGAAAAAAACCUGUUAUGACAGUUAAUGAUGAAAAUUUAAAAGAUGUGAUUAGGGAACUUGAAUUGGAAGAUGAGCCUUCAUCAGCUGUGGAGCUGACUAAUAAGGAGAAGUUCCUUAAGAAGCUGCAUUUACAAGAACGAGUGGUGGAUGAAGUCAAACUUGCAUUAAAACCAUUUUAUAGUCAUGGAAGAAUUGAUAAAGAUCAGUAUAAAGAAAUUAUGAGAAAGGCUGUUCCUAAGGUUUGCCAUAGCAAAAGUGGUGAUAUUAAUCCUCAAAAGAUAGCAGCUCUCGUAGAAGCUUAUGUAAAUAAAUAUGGAAAGAAAAAGAAGCAACCUGACUCAUCUUGAUAACUUCUAAUAUUAUAGCCAUGUGUGUUCUUUAUUAAAUUAUAGCAUAAACCAUUCAUGUGUUAACCAAUUAUUAUUGGAGUUCAAUUACUGUGGGUUUAUUUUUUCGUGGAUACCAAGUUUCUUUGAUUUAGGAAAAAAUGUGUUUUUGGGGAUAAUUGAUUGGGUUGUUUUGUUAACGUCUGCAUACUAGGCUAUUGAAAUUUAUACUUGGUUCAACAUUUAAAUUCUUUGUUAACCUAUAUGUAGGAAAUCAACGAAAGUUAGUAUCUCAUAUUAAAUAAUGAAUAAACAGUCCGAUUUCGUUGAAGCUAGUUAAAAAAAAUGCUAGGUUCUGAAAUCAAUAGUGCAUCAUUGAAUCCAUAUGAUUCAAGUUGCACUAACUAGAUUUAUCUAACUUCCAUUAAAGCAUUUUUGGCUUAAUGCCUCAUAUUUGUUUGGUAAAUUAGCUCAUGAUGAAAACAAAUUUCUUUAACACCUUGCUAGAAAAAUUAGAUAAUACAUGCAUGGUUUAUGCUUUAAUUGUGAUUUUAUAAAUCCUACUGCAUUUUUGGUGCAGUUGCUAUCAUGACUGCUGUUUUUAAAAGACAAGGGUUUGUAUUUGUAAGAAAACAAAAUUGUGAUAAGAAAAAUUAUUUAUUUAAAUUCUAUUAAAGAAAUAUCUUGCAAAAAUUAACAAGUUUUGAUAGAGGUCUCUUUACCAAGCAAUUUUAGUUGUUAGCUAGUCUGGGUCUCUCUCUAGGCCUGGAAAAUUUGUUUCCCACAACUCCAAGGUACCAUUGUUAGUAGCCAUGUUUUGUGGUAAAAAAAAAAUUGUGGAUGGAUUCUCUGUAUAUCUGUACAAAUCACUUGCAUUCAGGAUACUUCAAAAUUUGUUCGCCAAAAGUGGGAUCACUCAAUAAUUUUUCAAAAUCAUUGAACAUAAUUCUAUGAAUAUAAGUCAGAGUUUCUUAGUUAAUCCAUCUAUGGUUCAAAGAACAAAAAAGGAAAUAUGGGUUCUUGGACGGUGAGCGUUUGGAUUUUUUGAAAUAGAGUAUUUGUUAAAAUUAGCCAAAAUUUUACAGACCAUUGCUCUUAUUAAUGUUUAUGAUUAUUCAUUAUCAUGGUUUAAAUGUAAUGUUAAUUUUACUGUUAUAAAUCAAUUUCUUGGUUGUCAUUAUUGACAGGAAAUAUUUGUCCUCAGUUGUCAAGGAUAUAAUUAAUGAACGUUUUGGAGUAGAAAUUGAAAAAAAUACGAAGAAUAGCAUUUCCAAUAUUAAGUUUUCUAAGCCAAAUAAACUUUAUUGUACCCUUCAUUUUAUUUCAUAGUACCCCAUAUUUUCAGUAAUAUUGUGAUCAUGGAUGAAAUGAAUUGAGUUAAAUUCAAUGAAGAAAUAUUGACGUUAAAAGUCGUGUAAUUUUUUUUUGUGAUUGAAAUAGUGUAUUCGUUACAUUUGUGUCUCAUAUGUCUGAAACCUAGAUCAAAGAAAAAUGAAUUAUUAGCCAUUUUGCAUAUAGUAUUUACAUAUCAAAUUGAGAUGUCUGUCUCCCAGUUGUACCAGUCUUAUUAUAAAGUUUUGAAACUGGUAUUGUCAGGCAAUAUUUUGUCAAGUCUAUAGUUUU